AUGUCGUCCCUUGGUAAUCUUGAGAGCUCUUCGGAGCUCUCUGGUGAAGAAUGUGUCAGUUUUUGUUUAUCCAGCAUGCCUGAUAUCAAAGUGGAACAUGUGAUGGAAGCAAACCCUGAAGAAGGAACAGCUCAGGGGGUUGCAAUGGGAAUGAAAUUCAUCUUGCCCAACCGAUUUGACAUGAAUGUCUGCUCUCGAUUUGUUAAGUCCUUGAAUGAAGAAGAUAGCAAAAAUAUUCAAGAUCAAGUGAACUCUGAUUUAGAAGUAGCAUCCGUCCUAUUUAAAGGUCAGUGCUUUAUAUACAUUCCAUAAAAUGUUUGGUACUUAAAGCAGUUUAUACUUUCAUCAAAAUCUCUUUCAUUGCAUAUGCAGAUUGCACAGGUUUGUCAAUAUGUACAUUCCAGAUACAAAACUAAGCCUGCGACUCUGUAGCAGUGCUUCUUAAACCCUGCAUCUGGACUCUAAAGAGGGGUCGCCAGUUUUAGUGUUCACCUAUAGUUCCAAUCAAAUGUUGGUGAUCGUGUUAAUCUUUACUUGUUUCACUGUCAUCACAUUUUGAAUUUUUAACUUGUGAUUAAUUAUAUAUUUACAUAUAAUUCAUAGUUACAUAUUACAGGAACACUCCAACUACCCUAACCACUACAGCCUGCUGUAUAAUAUUAUAAUUAAAACCUUCAAUUCUCCUAAUUAAUUUUGUAACUAUCCCCUCCACUUUUUUUUUAGUUCUGUAAUAUCAUUCUUUAAAAUGUGCCCCAAACUGCUUUGCAUAUUCAAGGCGAGGUCUUACCAUUGAUUUAUAAACAGGCAAAGUUACAUAUUUCCAUUACAUAAUUUAAUACACCUUUUUAUGCAUAACAGUCUGUUACGGGUUAUUCAACUGCGACUGACACAUUCCAUUACAUAAUUUAAUACACCUUUCUAUGCAUGACAGUCUCUUAUGGGUUAUUCAACUGCCGACUGACACAUUGUUGCAUAGUUUGUCAUCUAUAACUGUUUGUACACCUUUCUCAUGUUUUCUCUCAUUAUCAUUCAGGAUAUAAGUUAAAUGUACACCUAACUCCAAAAUGGAUACCUUUGCAUUUUUCAUAGUGAAGCAUUCAAUUAAUUUAUAUUUCUCAACCAUCCCCAUGCAAAAGUUGAGCGAUUUUCAUAAAACAUUGGUUUUAGCAAUAGUAACCCUUGCUGUGCUGAUCUGCCCCUCUCCACCCCCAAAUAAUAAUAUAACAAAGAAAGAGAGUUAAAACUCACCUCGAUCCAAUGCCAAGGCCAGACCUAUGCCUCUGGCAGCAGGGGUUAAACUCUUUUUGUACAGCAUAUCAUAGCGAAACACACAUACAGCCUCCAGAUACUAUGACGACUUCAAAGCAGUUUAGUGGUCAGGGUGCUUGGAGUCACCAUUUAAUAGGUGUCAAGCAUGUAGAUUUUAAAGAGCCUUUUGGCUUUUGCUACUUUGAACCAGAUUGAUCCAAACCACUGGAUAAAAAUGACCUUUACAUAUGCUGUUGUGAAUUUAAAGUAUAUACCUGUGUGUAAAACAUGUUGUCUUCUUGUAUUGUAAUAAAUAAUACUUUUUUUUUGUUCAUAUCUCCAGCUGAAUGCAACAUCCACACAUCUCCUUCACCUGGGAUUCAAGUCAGACAUGUCUACACACCGUCCACAACCAAACAUUUUUCUCCAAUCAAACAAUCAACUACUCUGACAAACAAACACAGAGGCAAUGAGGUAUCCACUACACCCCUACUGGUAAACUGUAAGCACUUAUUAAGCUUCAUUAUUAUUGUUAUAUGUAUCAGCAGAUAUUAUAUGUUCCAGUAUCCAGUGUUACAACCUCUCCUUGCAAUACCAUGUUUCAGACUGAAACAUAGGCUGUGUUCCAUCAUCAUACACCCUCCUCCAUCUCUGUUUUUGCAGUAACUCAACAGCCUGUUAUUGUUUUAACAUGUAUGGUUCCACUAGAAGAAACACUUUAGGCGCCCAGACCACGUCAUUUCGUUAAAGUGGUCUGGGAGCAGUGUUUCUGUCCCAGUUAGUCCUUUGAGAAACUGCAAUAAUUACAUAACAGGACUAAGACUGCCUCUAAUGGCUGUAAAUCAGACAGCUACUAGAGGCUCUUUCUGGUUACUUACGGAUGCUGGACGUUCAGCAUGAGGACAUCCAGCGUUCGUUAAAUCCCUAUAGGACAUCAUUGAGGCAGUUCUGUCCUAUGGGGAGGGCGUAAUACAUUGGUGGUGCUCCGUCCAAUGAGUAAAGGUUUUAUUUUUAAUUCUUCAGCUUCUGGGGGGGACCAGAGGACUCUAUAGUGUUCGGAAUACAGAUUUGUAUUUCUAACACUAUAUAGUCCCCUUAAAUGUUCUGUAUUGUGAGGUCUAUUCUCUACUUUGGAAAUUGUGAGACACUCAUUAGUAGGCUGGGAUGAUCAUUAACAAAUAAAGCUACAUGUAAAUUUAAUCAACUAGAAAUCUGUAUAUUUGGAUAGACAUCUGUUCCUAUUGGAAUAAAACACAAGCACCAAACGUGUUUUUUAAUUUUACUUUUACAAUAUUUACAGAGAAUUCCACAAUUUGAUAAAUAAAAGUCACUUCAGCUUCACCUGCAGCUAUUUUCUACAUUGUGUAUUUCUAUACAUUUACCCAUAAUGUCUCCUUGUAGAUUUUUGUUGUGAGUGCUCAGGUUACAACUGAAGUCCAACUGGAACAUCAUUAGAAUCCCCCCUUUUCCUCAGCACAGCGCGACCACCUCCAAAGAAUGGUACCUUGUAUUGCUUAGACAUAGACUGAGGACCAGAGUUACAUAUAAACCUUGACAAAAUGGACACCUAAAUGCGAAGACUGUGUCAACAAAAAUGUAGUACCAUACGUAUAACAUUGCACUAAUUUAAUUCAAAUUGUAGUUUUAUCUACACUUAUCAAGCAGAUCAACACUUGAAAAAAAUAGGUCUUCUGUUUCUUUUCUUUGUAUAUUUUUGUGUAUUAUGCUUGAGCAUCUUACUUAUGUAUGUCAAUAUGCCAUACAUAGCAGUCAACCUCAAACAAGACCACAAUAUUUUUAAAGGAACACUCCAAACACCAUAACCACUACAGGAACCUAGUGCUCUCCGUUGUAGUUAAACCAUUUUAUAUUGUUUUGACGUCUUACCAUCUUACACUGCUCCUUUUCUCCAUACCUCAGCCAGAGAGCCAGAAGUUCCUGCUUCCAUUAGUGCUCUUGAGCUGAGCUCCAACAGAGAGCUUCUGGCUCUGCGGCCGAGGUAGGAAGGGUAGCGACUGUUCUAAAACUAUUUGACUACUUACAGUGGGAGGCACCAGGGCACUCCUGAGACCAUAACCACUACAGAGCUUUGUAGUAGUUAUGGUGCUUGAAGUGUUCCUUCAAAACUUGGUGUGACUGGGGUAAGUUUGUAAACUAUUAGACAUCUACCAUGCAAGUAGAAUUUUAUAGCUUUAAUUGACUUAAUAAAAUCUAGUUGCAUUAUGUCAGUUUCUGCCAUAGCUUAACUAUAAUUGUAAUCUGUCUAGUCUGGUAUCUGUUCACAGCUUUUCUGUUGUCUAAUUAUGUUGCCUUGACAAUGCUUUUUGUUUCUGAUGUAAUUUGAUACAAGGAUUUAACAGCACAUUAAUGAUUUUAAUAACACAGCAUUUCAUACUAUUGUGUCCUGGAAAUAAAUCUUUAGCUCUGCAGAUGGGUUAACUAGCUAACCUUACAUAAAGCAGCAGCCAGUGGUAUCAACAUGAUUUAUAUUGUAUGAUGUAGAGUUUUAAGAGGGUACAAAUCACAUUUUUUGUUGAAAACACAGAGCAGCAUCCACUUUUGCUCUUCAGGGGGAUUGUUGACAAGGUACUGCCUUUGGUUCAGUGUUAGAAAUAUCUCUUAUGGUAGCAAGAAAUAUGUUAAAAUAAAAUUAUUGUCAAUACCCCAAAAGAGGAGAAUGUCCCAUCAGCAUCUGAUAAAAUAUAAAUAGAUUUUAAAUUGUCAAUAGACAAAAUUAAAACAAACAAACACUUUCCUCAGACAUUGGUGAGAGCGGUAACAUGAGUUUAGAAAUUGUGUUUACAAAGAGAAUGCAAUAAAAUGACUUAAUUUCCACAUAUCAUUGUUCUAUUUUACAUCUGAGGUUUUACUGAGUACAUUUCUGUAUUUAUCUUUCAGCACUUUCAGUCCAUCAGCUGGCAGCCCAAGGGGAAAUGGUUUACUUAGCAAGUCGUCUGGAACAAGGUAAAAAAAAAAAAAAAUAUAUAUAUAUAUAUAUAUAUAUAUAUAUAUUUAUUUUUAUUUUUUGGAAGUAGCAAAAUUAGUCAGUGUCCUCAUACAUGUCUUAAAUAUGAGGCAGAAAAUGAUGCAAAUAUUCACUUCCAUUUACAGAGGGUCAUCUGGAACGCACAUGGGAAUAUCCACACACUGCAAAAAUGAUUAAACAUGCUCUUGUUUUGGACGAAUAAUCCGCUAGAGAGGUGCUCUAAACUGCAGUUUUUCACUAAAUAUGUAACUUUUGGCACCUAUGUAACUCACCUGUUGGAUCUUAGGGUAUUUCCCCAUGAGAUUAUAAUAGGGCCAUGGAUCCUGCAGGUUUAGGACAACAGGUGGCUUUUUACGAGGCAAGGUUACAAGAGCAAGAUCACUGUGUGGAUCAGUUCUCUCAGGUGCAUCGGACUCAGCUCGGUUAUAUGGGCGAAAUGCAUUGAAGUAAAAGGUGGUGUGGUGAAUACACGGGAUCAAAGGACUUGAUCAGACACUGUCUUUUUGAGAAUGGUCUUUACUGUAAGCUCAAGAAGUGCCUGUUCGAUCAGACUAAGACUACAACAAUCUGGCAUACCUUAUAUCUGCUAAUGGUUUUCAUAUGGAUCCUAAGAAACUCUCUGUAGUAUUGGGCUUUGCCACAGGGUUUGAGAGCCAUUGAAUAACCUAUUGGCUUUGGUGAUUGUUAUAGAAGAUUGAUCAGAGACUUUUUCUCCAUAACUGCACCCAUUACCAGGUUAAGCGAAAAAGAUGCUAAGUCUACUGUAUGGACCCCAGAGACUAUUAAUGCUUUUCAGUUUCUCAAGACCGCUUUUGCUUCAGCUCCCAUCUUGAAGCACCCUGACCCAUCCCUGCUGUUUAUACUGCAGGUUGAUGUCUCGGUAGUGGGAGUGGGAGCUGUUCCAUGACAAAGUGAGUCCUCUGACAAACCUUUGCAUCCAUGUGGUUUUCAUUUUAAGACAUUUACCAAGGUGGAACAAAACUACGAUAUAUGCAACAGAGAACUCCUUGCUAUAGUUGUAGCUUGGAAGGAAUGGAGACAUUAGCUGAAAUGGUCUAGGGAUUCAGUUGUUAUACUUAUAGAUCAUAAGAACCUUUCAUACAGAAGUGAGGCUAAGAGAAUAUCUUCUCGACAGGCCAGAUGGUCACCAACUGUAUGUGCUCAUGUCUGUUUUUUUUUUUUUUUACAUAGUGUAAGUCUGCCCCCUUAAUGAAUCAAGCUUUUCUUGUAUAAUUGGUUCACAUAUGGGAUAAGGUAAGUCUUGUACGAAAGAAGAGGGAGUCAUAGGACCUAGGAAACCAGGAGGAAAUGUUCUUGGUAGAAAUACAUGUUCCUAUUUAAACUAUAUUAAUGUUUUCAUGUGUAUGCUUUGCAUUUCAAACAGAAAAUGUGAUCAACCUCACUGAUGAAGAAGGUUUCACUCCACUCAUGUGGGCCGCAGCCCAUGGACAGAUAGCCGUCGUAGAGUUUCUCCUUCAAAAUGUAAGCAAGACAAAGGCACAUACUGCAUAACGUGGUGGGGCUGGUUCACUGAGAUUACCUUUACUCUACACAGAUUGAAAGCCUUGUACAAUGGACCGUAAUAUCUGUAUAUUUGUGUACAGUGGUUAACAUGGUAUUUUAAUGCACCCAGUCACUUGCUUCAAUCUUGGACAUCUCUUCCAGUGAUAACUGUGUUCCAUGGAGGAAGUGGACAUAGACUAUAUGUUGUUUUUACACAUACAAAUGUGUGUUUCUCUUUAAGGGUGCAGACCCCCAGGUACUUGGAAAGGGUCGGGAAAGUGCUCUCUCCUUGGCGUGCAGCAAGGGCUAUACAGAUAUAGUGAAAAUGCUGGUGGAGUGCGGUGUGGAUGUCAAUGAAUAUGACUGGGUAUGAUAAAUGUUUUAAUAUCUGUGGUACGAAAAUGCCUGUUAAGCCAGCACAUUGAUAUUUAACUUCUUUAUCUUGAGAGUAAGAGAGGUGCAAAUGGCACUGGUAACACAAAGAGAAAAAUAAACAUGAGUCAGGGACCAGGAAAGGGAAAGUAUAAGUAGAGUGAGCUAGAUACAAGUGAAUAUAGGGCAGGAUGGAUACUUGGCAGACAGUGUGGAACAGACAAGUUCUAUAUUUGAGUUGUGUUAGCAAGGUUUAAUAUUUUGAAUGUUUAUUUACAUUUUUUGAUUGAUAUACAAUGUGAAAACAUGGGGUUCUAUUUAAUUUUGAAGUAUUCUCUAGUACACUCAGAUCGUACAGUGAGGUUUAUUCCAAAUAACAAGUUGUAGUAAAUUAAAAUCAAAACUGCAAAGCUGAUGCUAAAAUAGCCAGACUACUACAGCAAAGUGGAGAUUUUAUUAUUAUUUUUUUUUUUUUUAAUUCAUGUCUAAAUAUUAUAAAUUCUAUAAACCCCAAUGUGUUCCUAUGAAUUUCCUUCAUCUCGGGGCAGGUUCAAAGUCUUUUUGGUAAAUCAUAUAUUCGCUGCAAGGGUACAAUGCGACUUUCCACAAAAUAGGCAGAAAAGCACAUCUGGUAAAUCUUUAUAUAUAGUGAGGUUUUAUCAUUGAUAUGUGUGUUGUUUCCUUGUUCUGUUGUCUUUGCAAAAUGCGGAUACUGAGCUAUAAUAUUUUGUUGUUGUUUUUUAGAAUGGAGGCACACCACUUCUUUAUGCCGUUCAUGGAAACCAUGUGAAAUGCGUCAAAAUCCUCCUAGGUGAGAAUGAAUGAAGAAACAUGAACACCUGGUAUUUGGUUCCUAUCUGUAGAGCACCACUUAGCAGUUAAGGGACUUUCUAAUACACAACACAUAUAGUGUAUUGUAGGCGUUAUUGAUUCAGGGAAUCUUUGGGUACAAUCCCUUUGCUUUUUAUCAAACCGUCUACUUUUCUCUAAAAUCAUUAACCUCCUAAAUGAUGUGAACAUCUGCAUAGAAGCGUGCAGUGCCACGACAACAUCUGCAUGCAAAUCAACUAUUGACAUGUUAUAACAUUGGUAUGGUAUAUAUAACAUUUGCACAAUUUUUAAAGUAAAAGAAAUAGUACAAAAGUGGACGAUCUAAGUCUAGCAUGUCUAGCUAGUGAUCAGAAGUACUUUCCAUCCAUUCUAAGCAUGACAGAAUAGGAAUGUGCUAGGGUAGCUAGUGAGAAUAUAAAAUGAGGAACAUGCUAUUAUACAUAAAAAUAGUGAAAUAAUACCUUUGAUGCCCACCAAUAAUGAAUGUAUAUAACACAUGAAAAAUAAACAUAAUAAAUUUGCUUAAUGCGAGCCUGAAGGCCAAAAGAAGUAUGGUACCCAGUCCCUGAUGCUAAAAGUGCUCAACCUAUGCCAACUAGGAAGCGCUGCCUUUAUUAUUUUUAAAAAAAACAAAGUUUUAAUUCUGCUUUUAUUUUUUUUUAAUUUUUUUAUUAAAAACAGAUAUAUAAAAAAAGACAAAGAUUUUAUCAAAAACUGUCAACAAAAGAAUGAAACGUUUGGUUAGAUAUUCAGAGUUUGAAAAUGAUGCAAGCACAGAUCUUUAAUAAAAGAUUAGUAAUGGUGGAUGAUAAAUUGUUAACUAAUCCAUAUGUUCCCAUACCAUAAGCAUUAUAAAACAUUAAUAGAGUUGGGCCUGCUAUGAUUAGGAAAUGGGAGUGAUUCUAUCAGUCUGCAGUGGGAAAUGUUUAGAAUAGGUUUAGUCUGGUGUAUGGUGACUCUUAACCUAGUAAACUGCUAAACCAUUAACCUGUAAAAUAUAUAGAUAUAAAGAGAAGAUGCAAAAUACAGUUUAGAUCCCAAAUGCAGGAAAGAGAAAAGAAAUAAAAAUGGGGGAAAAGAGAACUGAGUAGAUUAAUAUAGUAUUAGUCCACAGACAAAAAAUAAGAAAAGAAAAAAGUGUGAAAAUUAAGAAAUCAAUAGACAUCCAGUUGUCUUCUUCUAUGCCAAGAUGUGAGUAUUCGCUAUACCUCCUGACCAUGUGAACAGGGGCCGAAUGAAACACGAAAAAAUAAAUAUAUGUGAGUCUGUCUGAUAGAGGAGAUCCUUAGUUACGGUGACCUCCCAGCAGCUUUGGGCAUUCACUUAGUGAAGCUAACUCCCUUACAAUUUUACCCAGUAGUGUAAAGUGUUAGAAAUGUCCCCACACUUCGCACCAUACAAUUACUUUGCAAACAAGAUCUGUAUGUUUGGCAUUCCUGCAUAACAGAGAUAAAUUAAGAAGACUCAAUUCAAACACAAAAGCAAGCAAGCUAAUGUAUUACUUCAUAUAAAAGAUUAAUCUGCUCUGAUUGUGGUUAAAAUGUAAAUUUUAUUGGCAGUCCUCGUAUUAGGUUCCUUGGAUAUCACACAAUGACUACGUAAGCCAUUGGUUGCUGCGAUUGCUUUUUUUAUGAGGUGGAUGUCAUUUGCUUUUUUUUGUCUUUUAUAUGUUGCAACUAAAAAUGACUGUUUAAGCAGUACUGUAGCAGGGAUUAUAUUCCUGCUUUCAAGCCCGCUAGAUGGCUUGAUUCAUUGUUUGAAUAGUGUGCCGCUCCCUGCUGCUGUGUUCCUUGGCGCCCGAUUUUGUGCCAAACCUAUGAAUUUAGUUUUUUUUUAUUUGAUUGUUAAACACUAUUGAAGCUGUCUGCAUGAUCACUGUGCUGAGCAUAGCAUAUUUUCUUGAGAUGAAAAAACACAUUUAGGAAAUGUAUAUAUCUGUGUUCAUCUUAUAAAUGUAAUCUUAUAAAUUAUAGUAUAGUGCAUUCACUUGUUAAUCACUAUUUGUUAUGUUUAACAGAAAAUGGUGCAGAUCCAACCAUUGAGACUGACUCUGGAUACAAUUCUAUGGACUUGUCCGUAGCUCUUGGCCACAGAAGUGGUGAGUUGUGUUCCUCAUAUUGUUUUAGUACAUUUUUUGUGCGUUUUGUGUUUUAUUUGCUUUAUGUGGAAUAUAAUGUUAUCAGUACAGCAUGUUUGACAUUUUGCUGAUUAUCUCACUUAAUCCUUUAUAUAUGUGUAGUGAUUAUAUAAGUAAAAUAAACAAAUAUGGCUACUGCAUUCCCCCUGUUUUAUGUCAUAUUGUUUAGCAACAAUUUGACAAAAACGGCAAGUCUUGUGGGUUGUUAUGCGGUGGUUAGUAUCUAACAAAAGUGGUGUAAGGGAGGACAACUGGUGAACCGGCAUCAGGGUCAUGAGCACCCAAGGCUCAUUGAUGCAUGUGGGAAACGAAUGCCAGGCUAUCUGGUCUGAUCACACAGAAGAGCUACUAUACAAUAUUGUGCAGGUUGUUUUAAUGGCUGAUAAGUGUAUAACUUGUAUGUAAAUUUGAUUCCUAAGAUGUUCUACAUUUCACUGGUUUGUGUUAUGCUAGAGUGUCCCUUUAAAGGGACACUACAGCUUAUUGAAUUUGUUCUGGUGAGUAGCAUCAUUCCCUUCAGGCUUUUUGCUGUAAACACUGUCUUUUCAGAGAAAAUGCAGUGUUUACAUUACAACCUAGUGAUAACUUCACUGGCCACUCCUCAUAUGGCUGCUAGAGUUGCUUCCUUAAGCUGUCUUGCCUAAUGUGCAUCACAGCAUAUGUGUCUCCACCCUCUGCAUGCAGACACUGAACUUUCCUCAUAGAGAUUCAUUGAUUAAAUUCAUCUCUAUGAUGAGAUUUUGAUUGUCCAGGGCAGUGUUUGACUUGUGUUGGCUCUGCCCCUGAUCUGCCUCCUUCCCAGUCUCAGCCAAUCCUAUGGGGAAGCAUUGUGAUUAGCUCAGAAUAACACUUCUGAUGAUGUCAGCAGACAGCCUGCAGGUCUGAUGCAGACAGGGGCAGAGCCAGCAGCUUCAGACUUGAAUACAAGUAAGAUUUUUAUAUGUUUAGGGAGGCAAGAGGAGACCAGGGGAACUAGAUGGUGGUUUUAACACUAUAGAAUCAGAAAUAUAUGUUUGUGUUCCUGACCCUAUAGUCUUCCUUUAAGCAGUGACACAACUGCGCAUAAUUCAGUAUAACAUCUUAGCUUAAAGGAACACUAUAGGCACCCAGACCACUUCAGCUUAAUUAAGUGGUCUGGGUGCCAGGUCCAUCUAGGUAUAACCCUGCAUCUGUAAACAUAGCAGUUUCAGAGAAACUGCUAUGUUUACAUAUGGGUUAAUCCAGCCUCUAGUGCCUGUCUCACUGACCUCCACUAGAGGCAAUUCCGCGCUUCUCACUGUGAUUUUCACUGUGAGAAGACGCCAGCGUCCGUAGGAAAGCAUUGAGAAUGCUUUCAUAUGGACUGGCUGAAUGCGCGCGCGGCUCUUGCCGCGCAUGCGCAUUCAGCCGAUGAUGACCGAAGGAGGAGGAGAGUCCCCAGCGGGAGCCCAUCGCUGGAGAAAGGUAAGUGAUUUAAUCCCUUCCUUUCCCUUCAGUCCGGCGGGGGGUGGGGGGCCAUGAGGGUGGGGGCACCCUCAGGCCACUAUAGUGCCAGGAAAAUGAGUUUGUUUUCCUGGCACUAUAGUGGUCCUUUAAGCAAUGCUAAUGGUUUGUCUUUUUUCUAAUUUCAGUUCAGCAAGUGAUUGAGACUCAUCUGUUGCAGCUUCUUCAGAGUAUCAAAGAAUAA